CCCCUGCCUCCAUUGCACUUUUUGCGAUACUUCACACUCGUCGACCAUACCGCUGUGAACAACUCGGUACUGAAGCAGCUGUUGCCACUCAGUCUUCAGCUCUCGUUCGCAUCAAGUUAGUCAAUCCCGAGGCUGCAACCGGCUUCAACCAGAGUACUGACCGCUACGGUCCAACUCAUUGAGCAUGCCUCCACGUUCAAUUACCGAGCUCAGCAUGCCGCACCUUCCUGAUCUCAGCCUCCGCCACCUUCCAGACCUUUCCGAUACUUCAUUCCAAAUCCCCGUAUCCAACGGCACAGAUGAGCUUCUCUUGGCUGAUCCCAGCGGCGAUUUUCUGGCAGACGCGGAUAGCCUCGGCACACCCAUUAUGCCAAAGAAGACUCACGACGCUCUUCGUCUCAGCGAUCUGACCCCUCGCCCCGAGUCGAAGCAAAUACUCCCGCCCUCGCCCCGCGCGGUAUUGGAGCAGCCCACUAUACACGCCGUGUCUCGCCCAUCAAAGACCAAGUCGAAGCCGACUGAGAGUCGGGAAGCCUCGACCUCUGCUCUUCGCCCGUCGGCGCAGGACCAGGACUCAGUUGGUGCCGACGACAAGGCGGCUCCGAUUAUAGAUCGUCCCGCCAGGAGGCGUCCCGGAAAUAAACCGGCGUUGACUCGUAAGCACCCUGGAGGCAGCGGCGAUGCUGAAAGCAGUAAGCAGGCAGUCUACAAGAGAGGCGAAAUAAUCGCCGAUGCCCCGUCUUCUGCGAUAUCGGAUGUGCCGCCUACUAUUACUGCCGUCAGACCAGAAGACGGCCAUGGUACUACGCCGUCGCAGGUGAAGAAAGCCACGAUGAAGUCGGACUUCUUGGAUGCGUCUUUCGGAGAUGUCACCAUGGAUGCUGCCGUCGGGGGAGCCGCAGGGCGACUCCUCAUGUUUAGUCAGGGGAUUAUGCAGUCAAUGACAAUGGGUGGAGGCUAUGGCGAUGAUAGACAGGCCAUACAAGUGGCAGACACCGACGCGCCUCCCGCUACACGUGAUGAUCCUCUCACUUUGUCACAGCUGUCUCCGAGAAAGAAGGAAGUUGGACAACCUCAGGAACCGAUCUCCCCGAUGCGCACCUCGAAUAAGCGUCCCCCUUCUCCCCAAUCAAUUUUGGAUUCUUCCGAGCCUCGCAAGAGGGAGAAGAGACUGCAUCCAGGGAAGCCAAAGUCCAACGCGGCCUCUCUGAAGUCGAGUAGGGACAAGGUCCGAAAGCCUGCGUCUACUCGUAGCAAGUUCAAGAAUAGCAAAGAGAACGCGCUUACUCCGGCCCCGCCGAGAGAGCAUUUCGACCACGAUCAAACCCGUGAACGUGUCGGGCGUACCUUGGAUACCCAAGCGCACAAAGAGAAAGAUAGUCACGUCUUGGCUAUUGGUCAACGCUCGAUCAGUGAUAGACCGAACAACCAACUACCUCCACCGAAGGCCAUCCAGCCGAUCGAGUUUAACUUCAAAUCCGAGCUACGUCUAGAAUCCCGAAAGGCCCAACAUGAGGAAGGGUCACGAAGUACGAUGAAGCGCUCUGCAAGCCGCUUCUUUCACCCCGUUCCAGAUUUCAAAGCUCUCCAUGCCGCCCACGAAGCGUCUGUGGCGGCUCGUAAGGAGCAUAUCGCGCCCGUAGUUUCCCAGCCCCUCCAGCUCAGCACCGAAAUUCGAGCGAAAGAAAGAGAGAAAUUCGAGGAAGCGAGGAGGGCCAGAGAGCAAGAAAUUGAAAGACAGAUGGAAGAAAGAAGGAGGCAAAAGGAGUUAGAGGAGGAGAAAGAAAUCCGAGAACUGAGGAAACGAGCUGUGCCGAAAGCGAACGCGAUCCCGCAUUGGUAUGCGGACGCGCCGAAGAAGAAAGGAGGCAGUGUCGGGAGCUAGAAGCAAGUUGGGGAAGGUCGCCUGAGCGGACAGAUGUCGUGCUGCUCUGAUGUCACUGUACUAGUAUGUUCACUACCCUUUCGUGUCAGCGUUGGUCUCCUUUCUGCGAGCUAGUGCUAGUGAGCGGCUUAGAAGCCAUGUUGAAGAUGUCACCGG